AUGGAAGUGCUGAAAUGUGGUAUCGCGUUGGUGUCCAUGUUUUAUGUGAUAGCGGUUGCCCAAGUGACGCGAGUGCCUUCGGGAAAAAUAUCAGAAUCCUGUCAACCGGACAAAUUAACCGUUUACAAAGUGAUAUUACACACGUUUUGGACGAGGGAUAAAUUUCCAAAACAUUAUCCAGAUUGGAGGCCUCCGGCUCAGUGGUCCAAACUCGUGGGAAAAGUUAAUUUUCCUUUCGAAGAAAAAGUGAUUGAUGAUCGUCUUCGAAAAGAAAUAAAUACGUUAACCAAACGAAAGGGCGGAUGA